CCAUGAGCCCACGCGAUACGGAAGCGGUCAACCAUAGAUUUAGACGUAUUCCCUCAAACAGGAGUUUGAGUGGAAGCAGGAAAACCUCACAGAAAGCAUUAAUCGCUGGUUGUUUGCAAAUAUGCUCCCAUCAGAAAAGCGCUUAAUUAAGUGACAUUUUCUCCAUCGAGUUUCUCUCAGCAGUGAGCCAACAUGGGGACAUAUUUUGCCAUUGGUCUUGUCUUUGUCGGAUGCUGUAGCAAUGUGGUGUCUCUGGAGCUGCUUGUAAGAGAGUUUCCGGGUUGCGGCAACAUCGUCACCUUCGCUCAGUUUCUAUUCAUUGCAUUAGAAGGUUUCAUCUUCGAAGCAAACUUUGGGAGGAAGAAACCAGCCAUCCCUGUACGAAACUAUGUGAUCAUGGUGACCAUGUUCUUCACAGUCAGUGUGAUCAACAACUACGCUCUCAACUUCAACAUCGCCAUGCCGCUACACAUGAUCUUCAGAUCAGGGUCACUGAUCGCAAACAUGGUCCUGGGAGUAAUAAUCCUGAAGAAAAGGUAUUCAGCGAGUAAAUACCUGUCCAUAGCUUUAGUUUCAGCUGGUAUCUUCAUCUGCACUGUCAUGUCUGCCAGACAAGUGAAUGUGGCCAACGAGGGAUCAGAAGAGCAAGGCUUUUAUGCCGUCAUGCACUGGCUGAUAGGUAUUGGCAUGUUGACCUUUGCUCUCCUGAUGUCUGCAAGGAUGGGUAUUUUCCAAGAGACGCUGUACAAGCAGUAUGGGAAACACUCUAAGGAGGCUCUCUUCUAUAAUCACUGCCUACCUCUGCCGGGCUUCCUGCUGCUCUCCACAAACAUCUACAACCACGCAGCCUACUUCAGUCAAAGCACUCCUGUCGUUGUUCCUGAAACUGGACUGACGGUGCCGAUAAUGUGGGUCUACCUGCUGGUCAACGUCAUCACACAAUAUGUGUGUAUCCGCGGCGUGUUCAUUCUGACCACAGAGUGCGCCUCGCUGACCGUCACUCUGGUGGUGACUCUGAGGAAGUUCCUCAGCCUCAUUUUCUCCAUCCUUUACUUCCAAAACCCCUUCACCACCUGGCACUGGGUGGGCACGGCUGUGGUCUUCCUGGGAACUCUGCUGUACACGGAGGUGCACAGCAGCCUGCAUGCGGCACUGCGUGGACCCAGUGUCAAGGAGAAGAAGGCCGAGUGAAGAAGAAGAAGAGACUGGUGGUCGAGUAGAAAAACUGCCACAGUGUUGGACUUAGUAAUUGUUGUUGACUAUCCUGCAGCGAUUUUAUACAUUUUCUCCAUUUCAUUUUCAUACUUGACUGCACAUCGUAGGACUUAAGUAAGCCCCCCUCGCACCAAGACAUUACAGAUUAAAGGAUAACGCUGCUGUUAUUUUCAUUACUGUCAAUAAAUCCCAUGACAAGUUGCUGGUAGUGACGAACAAAGAGAAUCAUCACCUGAAUCUGCAGCUCCUGUCAACUCUACGGAGCGUUAUCUUUUAGCUCAUUGUUUACCUGUUUGACUCACAACUUUACUGUUGUGGUUCACUUUAAGGCUGCAACUAAUGAUCAUUUAGUCGAUAAAACGUCAAAUAAUUGUGAAAAAUUCUUAUUAAGAUUUCCCAGAGCCCAAAGUGACAUCUACAAAUUUCUUCUUCUGUCUGACCAACAGUCUAAAACCCAAAAACCCUUCAUUCACUAUUAUGAUUGAAUUUCCGCUAAUCAUUUAAGAAGCUAUAAGAAGUGCUUGAAGAAAAAAAUACAGAAAUUAUUCAUCAAAACAAUUUGCAUGGCUGUACGCUCUCUCUACUCUCACUGCAUUCCAUUUCCUGGUUCCAGCUAAGAAGCUCCAAUAAACCAUUCUGCACUUCCUGCUCAGCAUCAGCAGAAAAUGGACAUAGCUAAUGACAUGCCGGUGAACAUAGUGGAGCUUUUAGCAGCUAAAGAGCUGGAUAUUUCCCUCAGGAGGUGGUGACUGAGACCACAACAGAACUGGGAGAGAAUAGUAGAUGUGCAAUCAUUACAGAGACACAAUUCUAAAUGAAUGAUAAUGUUGCUCCAUACUUGCUGCUAGACUGUUUCACCAUGUCAGCUUUAAAUGUGAUGAUAAUUCUAAAGUUUUAACGAUUUAUUGAUAGAAGACAAAUUAAUCUGCAACUAUUUUCAUUAUCAACUAAAAAAAAUGUUUAAAGGGGCUCUGUGUAAUUUCUGUGUCAUGCUGGAAGCCGAUCAUUACUUUUACUUCAGUGGACUCCAUCUCUAAAUUAAAGUUAGCCACUGGAGAGACGCACCGAGAGGAGGAGCUCGAGAACGUGCAUAAAGUCACAUCCUUUGGACUGUCGCAGAAAAUCGCAGAAAAUCUGACCUGAGUCCUUCUCAGAGAAAUCCACAGUCCAGCAGCAAUAUACAACUUAAACAAAUCAUCCACAGGAUUGUGAAGGCAACAGUAAAGGUCUCAUUUUACAUGUCCCAUUAGAAUCUACACACAUAUGGCCAAUAACAAAGGGAUUCAUACAGAUUGUUACAUAGAGCCAGUUUAGGGUAUUUCCAUAGAUUCCAAAGAUUCAAAUAAUCACUUCGUCAAAUGUGAGAUUUUGCUGCCAUUUUUUGGUUCUCAAAAUAUAUUUAAUAUUAUGGUCUUUGGACUGUUGGAAAAAACAGGACUUUAUGUCAAAUUGUGCUGUAAGAUACUGAGAUGGGCUUGUUUCACUUUUUUUCUAAUUGAAAUGAUUAGGCAGAUGAAAUCGAUAAUGAAUCUAGUUUAAUUGCAGCCGUAUUGCACAGUAGAUAAUAUGUCUGUUGUGGUCACAGCCUGUUUACACUGCCCCCAAGUGGCCACAAAAACCUUGCAGGUUUAAAAAGUAGUUAAAGGUGCAUUUUUAGGGAACUAUUUUCAGCUGUGGAUUCAUACACAAUUGUUGCGCUAAUGGUUAUCUCCAGUAGCAACACUCACAUGUUUUUAAAUUGUUUACAAUAAAGUUCGAUAACAGAGAAAUUAAUAUGACAGACUACUUGUUAGUUUGUUUUUUGUUGGGAUUUGUUGAUUAUAAAAAUACAGGAUAUCGUCAGCUCUAGACUUUGGCAUUCGUACCUUGUUAGCGUUCACAGAUGCAAAGAUUUUGGUGCAACUUUCUUUUGUCUGUAAUGUUGUGUGAAUAUUUAUUUUCUAAACGCGACAGCUAAUAUUCCACUCCAUAUUAGCACUGAUGCUAACGUGCGAAAGUAGCAUUACACAAUAAUGUGAUGCCCUACGGAGGGGAGAUUUAUGGAGGUUGUGGGCUGUUUUUUCUCAUGUGUCAAAUUGUCUCAGGUGUUUUGAGCCAGUACUUGUCAACAAGAAUUUCAUUGUUUAGUUGAAUAAAUCUUUACAGUCCCUGCACACUGACAUUAAACACAUCCUGGAUACAAAUACACA